AUGAUCAAAGCUGCAGUCAAAAAGGCCGUGCCCACCAAGUUGUCGGUAGGCACGCCCCCCAAAUACACGUUGGCGUCGCUCAGAAGCUUCCCCUCCUUGGAGCCCCAAACCAUGGCCCCAUACCCUGCGACAUUCUUGGACCAUCCUCUAAGAAGAGACUUCUUGUGGAGUGCCGUCGUGUACGAGGCCGACAAGUCACGUGUGGGCGCCGGCUAUGUCCCCACCAAGCAGGACAAGUGGUUUUCCAACAGAAAGUUGCACCCUCAGAAAGGCACGGGCCGUGCCAGAGUGGGUGAUGCCAAUUCGCCGAUCCGGGACAACGGCAUCAAGGCCCACGGAAUCAAGGCGCCGCACGACUGGUCCACCUCUUUGCCCUUGAAAGUAUACAGCCGCGGGUUCCAGACCGCGUUGAGCGACCAGUACCGAAACGGGCGUCUUUUCGUCAUUGGCGGCGAAAACGAGACCGCCGACUUCCAGUUCAGCCACGUGGACCAGAUGCGCCAGUUUGUGGAGCACCAUGACUUGGAUGGCUUGCACUUGUUGUUCAUCACCAACGAGCAGAGAAGCAAUCUCUUGGAGGCGUCGGCCAACAUGGGCAAAAAGUGCGAUGUUUUGGUCAAGGAGUCCGUGGAGGUGCGGGACUUGUUGAAGGCCAAGCGGAUUUUCAUUGAGCAGGAAGCGUUGAACUGGUUUGUCUCCAGAUAUGGGGCCCGGUAA